AUGCAACACCAUCGACCCACUCUUUCACCAGUCCCCGACGUGGGACGCAUGCCAUCAGCACCACCACGCUUUUCUGCUCAAUCACCAGCUCCAGAUUUCAUCAUCCUUGUCAACUUCCUGGCGCCGUUCAGCAAUGACUACGCACUGGCAAAGUUAUCAGGUCGUCAGAAAGACGACUACCUCCAGAUGUAUCCAGCCAUUGUAUCCCGGAUGAAGAAACAACCGCGGUAUCCUAUCAGGUUCAUGCAGAUGAAUCCAGAUCAGUCCAUGUACCAGUCACAACAGCGCGGCGUUGCAGGGCAGCCAGGGGAGAUGACGGAUGUCAAGAGACUAGAGAUUAUCGACUUUUGCGAUGCGGCAAGCGAAUGGGGCUCCAGCGUUCCUAUACCAUCGCGCGAGGCGGAACGAAUAAUCGAGCUAGCUGAUCAAAGGCGCAUCGCAGAUCUUGAGCGUUCACAAAAGCGCGGAGAGGAGCAAUUGGGAAAUUCAGGGCAUUCUCGCUUCGAGUCUACAAGCUUCUCACCUGAAGAAUGCACACAAUAUAUAAACAACAGUUCGCGGAGAGGCGACGAAUCCUCAAGGCGAGAGGAAGCAAGAACGAACGUAGAGGCUAGAAGGGACCGGCAUGAGCGAAGACGAUAA